AUGUUGAGAGCCGUGGUGCUCGACUGCGACGGAAGUUGGGAAUCCGUACUACCACUGAUUGAAUUCGCUUACAACAACAGUUACCAAGCAACGAUAGACAUGGCGUCGUAUGAAGCCCUAUACGGGAGAAAGUGUAGAUCUCCGCUCUAUUGGGACGAAGUUGGCGAGGGAAGAGUACUUGGACCUGAUGCAGAUGAAGAGAUGGUUAGAAUUGUUCGACAAAUUCGUGAGAGGAUCAAGGAAGCGCAAGACAUACAAAAGUCGUACGCUGAUGUCCGGCGAACCGACCUGCAUUUUCAAACCGGUGAUAAGGUUUUUCUCAAAGUGUCCCCGUCGAAAGGGAUAGCGCGCUUUGGUGUUAAAGGAAAGUUGAAACCGCAAUUUAUCAGGCCUUAUGAAAUACCCGUUGCAUACCGACUAGCGCUACCGCCAAGUCUCGGAAAUGUGCAUAACGUCUUUCACGUAUCGCAGUUGCGGAAAUAUGUGUUCGAUUCAAAGCACGUGAUUCACUGCGAAGAAGUCGCGCUAAAUUCCGACUUGAGCUACGAAGAGAGACCCCAAAUGAUCUUGGACCGGAAGGUUCAGAAUUUGAGAAAUAAAUCUAUUGCUAGCGUAAAAGUGUUGUGGAGAAACCACGGGCACGAGGAAGCCACGUGGGAGCUUGAGGACAAGAUGAUGGAGCUGUACCCGGAACUCUUUCCAUGA